AUGGUGCUACAUUCAGAAGAUUUUCUUUGGGGUUUCUCAGUCAUUUCUCUAGCUCUCUACCUCUUUAACAACAUCUCCAAACACUCCUUCCUCUCCCUCCUCACCUCUUCUUCUUCUUCUUCAUCCUCCUCCUCUCCUCUUUCAUGGGUACAAAGGCUCCUCCCACCUCAAGAUUCCUCUUCAUCGGCUGAUGAGAACACUCAUCAUCAAGAACAAGAACAACAAGAAGAAGAGAUCAUGAUGGUGAAUAGCCACAAAGAUUGUGGCAAGAAGGAGAAAGGGCUUCUUCUUCCUCCUCAUCCCCAUCAAAGUGGUGGCAACAACAACAAGCUGACGAUCAUGAAGAAGAAGAAGAAGAUCAGGCCAAGCAACCUCAUCGUGCCGAUCCAAAGCUACCCGUGUGCCAAAUCGGAGUUCGAAGAGCUUUGCAAGAGGUCGGAGAGCAAGGAGCUCGAGGUUCGUGGGAGGAACUUUUGCUUGGCUAGCAAGAAAGGGAGGAGGGAAGUCAUGGAGGAUGGGUAUGAAGUCGUCACCGACAUCCAUGGAGACUCCAAGCAGGGUUUUUUCGCGGUGGUCGACGGGCACGGUGGCCGGGCGGCGAUGGAGUACGUGGCGGAGAAUUUGGGGAAGAACAUAGUGGAAGCCAUGGAUGGUGGUGAGGUGGUGGUGGAGGAAGCAAUUCGAAAGGGAUAUUUGGUUACAGACAAAGGGUUCCUUAGCCAGAGGGUUAGUAGUGGAGCUUGUGUUGCAAGUGUGGUGAUGAAAAAUGGAGCAAUGCAUGUCGCCAACGUGGGGGAUUGUCGAGUAAUCCUAAGCAAACACGGAGUGGCCGUUCCAUUGACAAUCGAUCAUCGUCUCAACACUAGAGAAGAUGAGCGGCGACGUAUUGAGAAUAUGGGUGGCUAUGUACACUGCGACAGAGUCCAAGGUUCGCUAGCCGUCUCGAGGGCUAUCGGGGAUCUCCACCUGAAGGAAUGGGUCAUAUCCGAGCCCGAUAUCAGCAAGGUUCCAAUAACUCCAGAUUGUCAGUUCUUGAUCAUGGCUUCUGAUGGCCUCUGGGAUAAGGUUGGUGAGCAAGAGGCAGUUGAUGAAGUCUCAAGGCAUUAUUGUAACAACAAUGGAGUACUGAUGGAAGCAUGCAAGAAGCUGGUUCAGUUGUCUUUCAGCCGAGGCAAUUUGGAUGAUGCAACGGUUAUGGUUAUUAGUCUAGGGAGUUUCAUGGACCAACAACCACCAAUUUUGAGCAACUAAUUCAUCAAGAGUAGUUAUGUAGUUAAUUAAGUAAUAUUAGAGUUAUUUCCAAUGGAUGAAUACCUAGUGUCUUUGGAAAUAUCAAAGACAAAAUGUUGGAUCGAUGUGUAUUAUUAUUAUUAUUAUUAUUA